AUGGAAGGCGCAGAAGUGUCACACAACAUGAAGUCUAUGAAGCACACACCCAGUGACACAAAGCGACAUGACACACGGCCAGAAACAUGCAAGAUAGCAGCCCACUGGCCUCUCCCACAACGGCAAAGACCAGUAGUCAAGAGGAGCAUCCGACGUGCCUAUGCCAGAGCUCUCCAGCAGGGGUUUUCCUGGUACAAAGGCCGCAGCUAUGCACCCAAUGACUUUCCACAAGCAUUGCGAGAGAAUUUUCAACCAUCCAUGCCUCAAAAACCUGUACAGAAGCAUCCGCAGACGCAAAGCAAUUGGCAACACACUGAUAAGACCAGAUUUCGUGUCCUGAAUUGGAAUGCAGGUGGCCUCAGUGCCUAUCGCCUAGAUGAGUUGAAAAUCUGGAUGAAACAUCAAUGCAUAGAAGCUGCCAUCAUCACUGAAACCAGAUGGAAAUUUGAAAGCACGUGGAGUGAUAGCGAUUUUCAUUUCGUGCACACCGGAGACCUGACACAUGCAGGACAGGGAAUCCUCUGCAUCCUUGCCAAGCAUUUUUGCCCGGCAGACCGAUUGAAAUGGAGAGUUGUUCACCCAGGACGCCUCGUGCACAUUCAGGUCCAACUUGCUAGCAGAGCCAUUGACUUCAUUGGGUGUUACCAACACACCUAUGCAGCCACGACCCAACGACAAACAGCCAGGGCGCAGCUCUGGGACCAACUUGAACAGUUGAUGCAUGGCCUUGUUGCAAGGAACAUCCUAGUUCUGGGCGGCGACUUCAACUGUGAUCUGUUGCAAGCAGCAUCACACAGUGGCCCAGAAAUUUUUCACUGGAGAGGCACUCUCACCCGAGGGGCCUUGCACAGUGACAAUGGCAGAUUCACCUCCCUGGUGCGCCUGCAUGGACUUACCGCCCUGAACACAUGGUCACCGAAAUUAGGACCGACAUAUGAACAUGCCAAUGCUUGCUCCAGAAUUGAUUUCAUCAUGACGCGCAAACAUGUUGCAGAUGGAGUUUCAAAGGACGUUUUGUAUGCCAGAGAUGCUCCUUUUCAGGGAGAGGAUGGACAUGUCCCCAUGAUUGCGCAACUCCGGCAGCAAUGGUAUGCUCCACAUCAACACCGUCAUGCAUGGGGUGUCACGCCGCAACAGAGGAGACAAGGUCAUAUUGCAUGCCGUUUGAACACACCUGAAUGGCAAGCGUUUGUGACUCACACGGCCACUGCACUGACGGACACUCUGACCAAAGCGCGGCACUCAGAAGACGAUGUCAUACCAACCAUGCAUCGAGUAGCCAUUGAAUGUAUGCCGUUCACAGUAGAAGAACUGGAAGCAGAAAUGAGCAGAAUCCCGGAGUCACGUGCAGUGGCCAGACCGUGCGCUCCUGGCACAGUGUGGCGAGCACUUGAACCGGUCAGUAAAUGCAUUGUAGGCCUUUUAACCAGAAAAGCCCUAUGGGAAGCAAUGCCAGCCUUCACACAGAUGCCUCUUUGGGCCUAUCUCCCAGGCAGGUCAACCCAAGAUGCACUGCUCAGAGCACUGCUUGCGGGCCCUACGAGGUGCUGGGCUGACCCAAGACGGCCACUUGCCUCAGACCCACCUCCGCAACCAGACAUGUUUGCAGCCAAAAUGGAUGGACCCAUCAGAGGAGAUGCAGUCCUGACAGAUGCCGAUCUUGCCAACCUGAAACAUCAGGAGUGGGGCACACGUGUGCUCACCAUAGUGGCCACCAGAGCCUGGCACCAUAUGCGGAAGGAGACUGAUGCAUGUGCUUACCUAGCAUCCAGAUGCUGCUUGUGCGACCAAUUCCUGGGCAGAACCCAAGAACUUCACCGCCAUUUGAAGAUACAUCACCCAGAAUUUUGGCCACAUGUGCAAGCCAAAGGCAUUCAGUUAUCCAACCUGUAUGGUGAGGAGACGCCCUGUCCGUUUUGCCAUGCGCUCUUCAAAUCGGCACAUCAAUGCCCGAACUGGGUACAAUUGGCUCUCUUGUUGGUCUACGGAGGAGGUACACAUGAAGGACCAACACCACCUCAGACAGCUUUGCGUUGUGAAAUUUGCAUGGAGUACUUUGCCAACAGUGAUGAACUGAACAACCAUCUUGUGAAAGAGCAUCGUUUGAGCAAUCCAAGUUUCAACCCAGCCAGAGACACCUUGGAAGGAGAACCGGUAUGUGCCCACUGCUUGACCAUGUAUGACAAUGUGGAGUCCCUGCGCUCUCACAUCGUGCAGGGCAGAUGCCUCAAUUUCAAUGCUGAUCUGCCGACAGAAGUUGUGGAUGUUCAGCCCAAAUGGAUUGCAGCCCUCUGUCAGGGCCAAAUGGCCAAUACACUGAGAGAUCCUCACGUUCGCAUGGAACUGACUCUCCAUUGCCAGAACUGCAAGAGCCGGUACCUGAGAGCAUCCGACCUCUCAGGUCACCUCAUGGCUGCUCAUCCAAAGUUAUGGUCAGCGGCUCAGGCCGUUACAGGCUUCCUCGUGGGGCUCCUGUAUGAUGAAACUGGUUGCUUAUGCAACCCCAACAUUGGAAGUCACAGAAGCCAUCACGUGUGCUUGCCCCUGCGCCAGCUUGGAAUGCAAUUCAUGCGACUGCAGGAACCCAUCCUGUAUCCGCACAUCCCGACGGAAGAGGAACUCACAAUGCUGUACUCCAGCCGCCUGGACAGAGAGGCCAGAUUCAUGCUCGAACGUGCCAUCACAGGAAACUCCAUUGAAGCACAUUGGAAAGUACCUGAACUGCUGACCCUAUUGAGACUGCCAUCAUCCUUGGCAAAGCCGCACAUGGCAGACAUUGCAGACGAGGACAUGCCGGAAUCCCAAGAAAUGUCCGAGCAGAUUUGGGCAGCCUUUCAACAUGUGGCACCCUUGAUCGACAAGAGCCUGAAACUGGACCAGAACACGGCGGCACCCAAGCGGCCAAGAAAAGGCGAACUGGUCAAACAAGACCAUCAGCGGGGCCUGCCAGACACGCUCAACCUGGCCAAGGCGAUGUCUCAGCUGGCCAAGUUAGCUCUCAAGCUCGACCGGGACAUGCAGCUGAUGAAACAAGAGGACACUUACAUCUUCUUUUUCAGCAACAAAGGGCCAGACAGCUGCCUGACACUCCUCAUGCAAACCACGGAGACAUGGGCACAGAGCCAUCAAGCACAGAAGCAGGCCAUCACACAGGCACCAAUGAUCCCACUACGCCAGAAAUUGAUGCAGGUUCUGUUCACGACCUUGCUGAACAAACUGGACAGACUGGGAGCCGCCCAGGAGGGCUCCGACGUGAUGAAGGCAGCACUGAGCACUCUGCUGCUGUUGCCAGAUGGAACAUGCCCCUUUCUGGAGUGGGAUCAGGGAUCCAAGAAACUCCGAGUCAGCCAGCGCAAACCGCUGACUCUGAAGCACCUGCACCAGCUCUGCACGGACAUGCUGGAGGCCCUGAGCGAUGUCAACUUGGUCAGACGAUUCCAUGCCCUGCCCACUGGACAGAAUCAGGACGUGACGCCGUGGAAGCUUCAAAUCAGCAUGCGGAGCGAUCAGCCAUGGCAAAUCCUUCAGAUGCUCUCUCAUUCAGCCCUUUGGCUGACAAUGGGGGGUUCUUUGAAGCCUCACAGCCAAACCCAAAGUCCACUGGCACAUCAACUCCAGACGACAUUGGGAAUGACAAAAGGCACCUCGAAAGGCAAGGGCAAAGGGAAAUCCAAGACCAAGACGAAACAAGCAGCCAAAGAGGUCGAUGGUAUGCAAGCAGCCCUGACCACAGCACCGAUUUGCUUGUGCAUCCAUUUGGACAGAUGUGUUCAGACUCCAAGAGGCGACAUCUACAAAAGUGAAUGCAAGAUCAACCCGGACAACACCUGCAUUGUCCCUACGUUUUCAGGUUCAGGACUGCAGCACGAGCCAGUGGAAUAUCAAAUCAUUGCUCUGAUGUCACACCUUGGCAGUGACAAGGGAGGCCACUACCGUUCAGCACUACGAUUGGCGCCAGUCUUGAUUGACAGCACCACACCUGCGGAAUGGCUGUUGACAAAUGACUGGCAUUCCCCCAUCCCUACAUGGAGCAUUCCUGGAUGGAUGUCCCGCACAGCCAAUGUCUUCUGGCUCAUUCGGACUGACUGCAUUCAGCUGUACCGUUACACACAUCGACAGCCCUUGCAGGAGCUCACUGAAACCAUGCCAUCCAACACAGGCCAGACGAUUCCACCAAGGAACCGUAGCAAACGCUACGCUGGCUGGCACGAUGGCAGUGCGCACGAGGGUGAGGGUUGUAACCGCACCACAACGGUUACUGGAGCAGAUGCAUGGAUUACGCAUUUUUGUGCAGAUCCUGCGAACAGUGGACAACCGCCUCCAAGGAACAACGGCCUGGACGCCUGGUUCACGUCCGUAUGCACUUUGAUCGGAGAGCAGUGGACCUGUUGGCACUGUACCAAUAUGUUGACAACCGCAAUCACCAAUCAACACAAGCGAGGGCAGGAGAUUUUAACUGCUCCCUUCCUCGAGCAGCUCCAUGGAUUGGCACAGAUGCCUUCAAGUGGAAUGGACGGCGCAGACAGGGCAUGGUUUCACUGGAGCCGCUGUUGCAGCCUGCAACGUCAACAGCAGCGGCAGACCAGGCAGAUCAAAGCUGCCAAGUUCCGAGAAUUAUGCACAGAGGUAGACAAUGCAGCCAGGGCCCAUGAUGCCCAUUUGAUGUUUCAAAUCAUCAACAGGUAUGCACCCAAGAAGCCUUUGACCAGAGCCCGGCUGCGCACAGCAGAAGGACAAAUCGCCAACCAACAUGUUGCACAUGCCAUCACCGUCCAGUAUGUACGUGACACCUGGAAAGGACCAUCGCAACUGCCUGAAUUCACCGUGAGUGCGCCGGGCCUGCCUUUCACCCGUGCGGAGCUAGUGGAUGCCAUCACAGCGGAACAUCCAAACAAAUCAGUUGCACAGCCAUUCCUGCCAGCGCUGAUAUGGAGCUAUCAUGAGCUAUCGCAUGAUGGAGGAAUUGACAUGGAAGCACCGUUGCAAAUCAGCCUGGCUGGCAUUCAACCGCCUGAAGAAAUGGCUCCAGAGCCGUCAGCUUUCAGUCCGAUACAAACUGCAUUUGUGGAGCGGGCUGACACCAGUGCAUCCGAUGACAUUGUCCUCACGAUCCCAUGGACACAUUUGACCGAAACUCUCCGACUCAUUGAUUCCAUUCAUGACACCAGUGCGCAGGUCACAGCUGCACAGCCACGUCACUGGUGGCGGCCUGCAAUGGAUAGGGUUGACAUUGAAGAUCGGGAACCGGACGCGCACCAGGACAGUGAUGGCUGCAUGCACUGCGGCGAAAUAUUCAUGUCGCGCUCAGGCUUGCGGCGCCACAUAACGGAGGGUCGAUGCAUGUCUUUCGACCCCCUGUCGAGCCCCCAGCCUCUGAACGCUGCUGAUCGAUGGUCCUCCUUGCUUGCUGCAGGACAGUUCACAGCUCCGGCCCUUACAGCAAUACACCGCAUCAAGCUGACUCUGACAUGUCAAUUCUGCGGGACGCGAUACCAGCGCCAGGGCGACCUUGUGGCUCAUCUCCUGCAGUCCCACCCGGCACUCUGGAACAAUUCACAAGAAACAUUGAGAUUUCUUUUGCAGACGGUCAUUGCUCACACAGGAUGCCUUUGCAACCCACAGGUACAUCAGAACAAUCGCACUCACGUGUGCACAGUGGUGCGUCAACUUGCUAUGGCCUUUCACCAAAGUGAACUGGAGGUAUUGGUACCCACGGUGUACAGUCCUCAGCUUCUGGACGCAAUGUUGAUCAAUCUUGGCAACACUGAACAAAUUCAGCGCCUGAGAGUUUUGCUACAGGAACGCAAUUUCUCCAGCUUGUGGCAGGACCUGGACGUGCUGAUCCUGCUCAGAUCGCUCUUCUGCUGUUGCCAACCCAUGGACUACGGGGCGUGGGACUCCCACGACCAAGCGCUGAUGGACAGCCUGCAAGCGCUGGCACCAAUGUUCCUGGGUACUCGCAAACAGGAGCUCGCAAACGACGACAGGACAACCAAACGCCACAAGGGGCCCAAACAAGAGGAGCACGGAGAUCAACGACAAGUACAGGUGUUGACACAGGUCGUCACGAAGAUGGCACAACUGCUCCUGAACCACGAGCGCAGCCUCCAGACCUUGCACCAUCAGGACUCCUACGUUAUCUUUGCCCGCACCCAUCCAAUCGGAAUGAUGCCCAUCAUGGCCACACUGGCACAGGAAUGGAAGACGAAAGCGCCACAGAACCAGGAGAACCCCCAAUGGUUGACAUUACGCAGCCAUCUCCUCCGAGGUCUCCUACAAGAACUGCUGACCAGAGUGGUGCAACUGCAAGAGAGCCAGCCAGGACAGCAAUUAUGGGACACCGCGGUGACGAAGCAGACCAUCCUGCAGGACGGGUCAUGGGUCUACAUGAAGUGGUCACCAUCGGACCAACAACUCAUUCCCACCAAGCGGACACCCAUUCCGAUGGGUCAGAUGGUGAAGCUCCUGAAGGUCUUGAUCGCAGCUCUCCAGGACAACAUGCACGUCCUCCGUUUUCAGAGCCUCAAGACGCAGCAAGAAGUCACCCCAUGGAUCCUCCAGCUGACCUUGCGGGACUCAGAACUGUGGGCCACAUUCAACGAGCUGACGGGGAACUCAGUGUGGGGCCUCAUGGCCAUGUCGUUGAAGAGGCACCAACAGGUGUACUCCAAACCUGCCCAACAGCUGGCCGACCUCCUGGGCAAGGGCAAAGGACGCGGCAAGGGGAAACAGGUGAAGCAGCAGCCAUCCACCCCGACGACAUCGACGCCAACAGCGUGA